AUGGCGAGCGAUGAAGAGGACGACCUCUGGCUGGUGGAGCCUGUGAGGCUUUUCACCCAGACGAUCAAGCUCGGGCUCGAUACUUCUGUGGACAAGCUUAGCAAGGACAGGCUCAAUCGUCCUUCUACGUUUUGCCCGGCACCCUACGAGGAUAUGCGGCAGACUUUAGUGCAGUGGUUUCCUGAUGCUGGUCUUCGCAGAAGCAGCGCCAUCGAAGACGCAGAAGAGCAACGGAGGCUCGCAGACCAGGAGGCAUCCAUCUCUGCAAAAGAAGAAGAUGCAGUACCCGGUCAACAGGAUGGCACCCACCCUGAAUCUCAGACCACGCCAAGGAAACGCAGAAGGGUCAAGACGGAGACAAACCCUGAAGCAUACACAUUGGAUGCAGAUUUGAUUCUACUUGAAGACGCCUUGAGCGUGGAGCAUCUCGGAUCUCUUCCGGACAGCGUUUAUGGAAUCCAUCCCGUCAAUGCCUUCGCGGUCGUUGUUCACGCUCCUCGAGCUGCUGCUCAUCGCCUGCACGGCGAGCUGAAGUCGCGUGAUGUAGUCUCCCCUAACAGGCACAUGAGUGACAGUCAGGCGAUCCAUCUGGACGACGACUCAGACGAUAGCUGCUUGUUGAUUGGCCAUCUGGUGCGUUGUGCCCGGUGGUGCAGGUUUGUCUCAGCCACACGCUCAUUUGAGCGCUUUAACAUCCUUCCAAUCGACCACAGAUACCAAGCGCUCUGAAAGAUCCUGCAGCAGCGUUGCGUCAGCUUCCUCUUCCAGCAUUUAGAGGGGAUCGUGUGAGCUUGGAGCGAGCUGCGCCUUGUUUUGAACGUCUGUCGCUGAGGCAAAACGCUGCUUGCGGCCGCUGCAUACAAGCCAUCCUUUACCUUCAGCAAGUGCCAGGUCACACUCAGGGCUCCUUUUCUCGACGCAGACGACGUGGUCGGACCUUCUAGUCACAGCCCAUGGGGUAGAGCUCAAAGAGGGCCAAGUGGCUCCCCUCUGAGCUCUUACGACCCUCUCACUAAGCAUCAUUUCGAUCAGCAUCUGUACAAUUUGCCGGGUACUGAUCGAGAGAAAUCGAACUGGAAGAGGAGGGGCAUACGCGCGGGCCCAUCCCUUGCUAGCUGUUCGACUUCCGAUGUAUCGCAAGUGGUAGAUCCGCGCAGUCGAGCGACGCCCAAAAGGCUCUUUGGCGAAGUGAGUCCAAAACUCGAAAUUGCUCGCUGCAGGUCUGAGUAGCUCAAUGUCAUCAUCGACUUCUCAGUUGAGAUUUGAUGUGGUCGCAACAAAUGAGGCGUUCGAGUAUGGCCGGAAGCGGGAUCAUGAUCACUACGUCUUGGGCGCCGCGAACUGGCACAGAAAAGCUCCAGCUGAGGAGAUGAAGUUGUUCUUUGGAGCGCUUCUACAAGUGAGCUAAGAUCCAAGACUAAUAAUUAGCAAGCUCGACUACACAGCUAAUUAUGUGACGCCAGCAUCCCAGUGGGAAUGUUGAGCUUGAUGACCAGGAAGCGGAUGUUUGGUCUCGAGGCACCAGUUACUAUGCACCUGCGCCUUGCCAGCCACUGCCUUUGCACAGCUUUGCUAAGCCACAGCGCGGUGAAUCAAAGAAGGCCAAGAAAAAAAAUCUCAAAGCUUUGCUAGAGUGCUACGCUCAUCGCGACCGGCACUCUAGGCCCAAUCAACCGGGGACUGGCUUGCUCGAGGACACUGCAUGUUCCGAGGUUGAGGCUAUCCACGCAGCGAAGGAGGAAAUGCAACCAGCUCGUGACAUGGGACAGCCUCACUUGCCUCUUAAUAACUGUAUGUGUGCUAUCUUAUUCGUGCGCCUGAUGGCCUACUGAGGUUCCAACUCCACCAAACAGCCCUUGAAUCGCUACUCGAGGCAUGUCGCCCACCGACAGACAGCCCUGAACUAUUCCCACCGUCAUCACUGAUUGUCACGCCUUUGAAGCGUUACCAGGCUCGCGCUGUGGCAUGGAUGGCAAGUCGCGAGGAGCCUGAAGGCGUCUCUCAUGGACUUCUAUACCCUGAAUGGAUCGCUUUACGCUUCAAACAUUUAGCCGAGCCCUUCCUCUCUGUAGAAAAAACAUGGGAGCCUGUACCAGCAAUUCGCGAGUCGCGAAGUCAGAGCCCUGAGACACGAGCCUCUUCUCCGCUUUCACCACCCCCAUCACCGUCUGACGCAGGCCAACGAUUGCUCGAAACGACGACUGGGGCGCGAUCUUUCUAUCUGGAUCUUCUCACGGGCACGGUCAGCUUGAAAGCCUUCCGUGGCGAUGGAGGCUUUCAACCCGGAGGAGGACUGAUGGACGGCCUGGGAUUAGGCAAGAGCCUUGAAAUUCUAAGCCUUAUUGCGGCUCGUCCUCGCGAUUUGAAAGCUGCAGACACCAGUCGCUCGGCGCUUAUGGUCGCGCAACUACCGGAAUCGCAGAGACCAUUCAUCUCUAAGGCUACACUCAUAGUGGCGCCCGCCGCACUGAUAAGCCAAUGGACUAUGGAAUGCGAGCAGCAUGCGCCAUCUUUGAGUAUCUUCCGCUGGGAUCAAGCUACGGUUGACUGGUCCAUCAAAUCCACGAUGGACGACAUUCGCGCAGGAGCGCGGCAUUGGCUGGACGAAUUCGAUCCGGAUAUCGUGCUGUGCAGCUACGAGUUACUUCGCGACGAGCUCAGGAGAAGCAAGAAGAAGACUUACGCAAAUAGUCCGCAUACACCACUCCUGGAAAUUUGGUGGCAUCGAGUCUGUCUGGACGAAGCUCAACUAGGUUCGUAUACGGCAUGCAAGCUUCUGCGAGGCUCGAGAUCUCAUGUGUGGUGUUUUUCCUCACCCGAUCCCUCAUCUGUCACCAUAGUUGCUAACUCGUCGGGCGCGGCUGCAGAGGGGGUCGCGUGUCUAUGGAGAACAAAUGGCUGGGUGAGCUACGUCUACGUGCUCGCAAAUUCAAUUUGUUGCUCAAGGAUGUGUGCGCACUCUUUCGGGCAGGUGGUUACCAGCACGCCAGCAUCUAGCUCUAUCACAGAGCUCGCUGGCAUUGUGUCAUUUUUGGAUCAGUGAGUGAAGAGAACGCGAUCGAAGCCCUUCCAAGCUUCUGACAUUACGCUGCAUCUCAGCGACCCACUCGCAAACCCUACUGCAUUCGCAAAUCUGAUCUCGAAUGGAUUUGCUGCUGGUGACUCUGAGCACAUUAGACGUGCUCGUGGUUUCUUCUCUCAGAUCUUCUGGAGAAAUACUCGAGAGCAUGUCGCCGAUGAGCUUGAGCUUCCCUCUUCCUCUGACGUCGAAAUGCGGGUGAGUUUCCACGCUAGCGACUCUACGACAUUUGCGCUUACGGACUCAAUCAUUCCGAUCUGAAGGUAUCGAUGAAAGGUGAGCAUUGCCUCUAACAAUUCACCAUUGAGGGUGCGCGAUGCUUUUUCGCUAACAGCAGUCGCCUUCAGAUUUCGAGCUCACGAUCUUUCAGCGCGAGAUGCGCAUUGCGCGCAAUUUAGCGGAGAAAGUACUGACGUACGGAAAUUCUUCGCAGCGAAAGCGUCUGCACAGCCUUAUCGUGGCGCUGCGGCAGCUCAUAUCACAUCCUCAGAUUGCGACGGGCCUCGGCUAUGACGCAGGCAACAAGAGAAUGAGCUUCAAAAAUCUGACCAUGGGACUCUUGUCAAGGCUGCACAAAGGAAUCACGCUCAAGCACAUGGAAGUGGUCAAGGUGAGGAGCAGGUCAGCCCGCAACUCAUUGUUGCGUUUCGAUAUUUACUUGCAGAGCUGCUGUCUAGCUUGUGAUCACGAUCGCUGCUGGUCAUCGCUUCUUCGAAGAGGAGCCUGAGCCCCAGGAAUGGCGUGGCGGUGUACCCGUGUGGGCAGAUGAUGUGUUGACAGAGGCUCUGCGAAGGGCAAUUGGACUUUGCGAGCUCCAUCUCGCUGCAAACACUGCCGACGAGGGCGACGAAGAUAUAGAAGAGGAAGAUGCAGCUAGCGAGGCGGAAAGCGAGCUGGGCGAUCCAAGCGUGCGGCCUGAGCGCGGAACGGUUGCAGACGUCAAACGCCGAAUGCGGUGGAACGAGGCCGCGUACUGGUGCCGAGUUCUUCUCAAAGAGCCCACAGGAGGGCCGCCGGAAGUAAGUGCGCUGGGCCUUCCCUCCAAUGGUCACGUUGUCAAUCAUCUGACCUGGACUCCAUCGUAGCUAUACGACGCGAUGCGCCUCGAAAACCUUUUCUUUGAAAAAAGAAGGGUCGCCAAGAAAAGCGUAGACCCGAACAACCCUCGAUACCAUGAUGUUGUGCUUGAUGCAGGAACCCAAGACAUGGCCGAGCGAAUGGACGCGCACGACGCCUCGGGAUCCGGGCGAAAUGAAUUCGAAAACCCAACUCUCAAGAUCAAUCGUCUGCGAGGAAACAUCAAAGGCACAAGUAAAACGAAAGGGGCCAAUCAGCGCGGUGCUACACAAGUGUGGUACUAUAGUCCUCGUCUCAAGCUCGAGAGACUGAUGGAACGCUUCCACGCAGCUUUGAGUAAGUACAAUUGCACGACAAACGGCUACUGGGAAGUCUCUCACUAAGACAAUGUCAUCGCCUUGCAGGUCAGCUCUUUGAGCAAGAAAAGGAGCUGGAAUUUUUGCGAAACCGAAUCGUCGAUGAAGGCCAGGCUCGACGCGAGGGCUCCGCAGGGCCGUCUAACGCUCGGUGUUGCAUUUGUCUGGAAGAUGACAAGCAUCGUGGUUUGUUGCCAUGUGAGUCACCUUUUGUAACGCAGCGAUGUUGUGCUAGCAGCGCACUGACCGAAUUGUAUCCCCAGGCCUGCAUGGUGCCUGCAUGGACUGUCUCAGCGUACUGCUGAAUAAAGGCCAUCAGGCGGCAGAUUGUAGGUAGUAUAACGCGCUUAGCGAUACCAUAUAGCGCAAGGCUCUGACGUUGUUCUUACUCUCAGGUCCAAUCUGUAGACGAAAGUUCCGACGCACCAAUAUUACUGAGAUCCUACCAGAGGCGCCAGCGACCGGCGUCACCCCCCAACAACUUGAGUUGGGGUUUGGAGCGAAGAUUGAUGCUGUGAUCUUGGACAUGAGAGCUCGCAAGUUCGCCGAUCCCCAAGCUCGAUUUGUCGUCUUCUCCGUCUGGAAGCGUUGUCUGGCCCUCAUCUCAGAAGCUUGUACCACCGCAGGCAUCAUGAGCCUCACUUUUGAAGGCAGUGAGCAAGAGCAAGUGGGUCGCGAUGCCUUGGAGUAGAUCAAGCCUGUGCACUGCUUACUGACGUCGUUAGCUUGGUGUUCAGGCUUCAGCGCUCUCUCAAUUUCGUAUUGACAAGAGCAUUGAUGUGCUCUGCGUACCUCUUUCGCACACGGAGGGUGAGUCCUGGACGUGCAACGACACCUUCUUUGCUGCACGGACCUAGACGAAGACGCCGAGCCUUCCAACCCUUCAAUUAGGUGCUGCUGGUCUGACUUUGACCAUGGCCAACGUUAGCUGUGAGUGCUCGGUGGAGGCGCCCUGUACGUCCCAAGUCAGCUUUUCACCCGCAUGACCCCUCUUCUGUCAGAUUUCAUGGAGCCUUGUCUCAACGCUAGUCUCGAGCAACAGGCCCGUGGCCGCAUCAACAGAAUCGGCCAGACGCGAAACACGACCAAUGUCACCAUCCUCAUGGAGAAUACUUUCGAGCCCAAAAUCGCCGACAUAUCUAGGGAGCGCUUGAACGCCGCACGUGGCGCACACGGUCAUCCGUCGGCAGCCGGACGAUCUGAGCCGAUUCGUGAUCAUCCCUUGGGGGAGAAUAAUACCUUCUCGAAUAAAGAGAUAGCUAGACUCUUUGAACUCGACAUCAACGCCUUGCGGGCUGCCGAAGCCGAGAGGCGCUCUGCCACUCAAGCCCAGUUGAAUAGAGAGAGAAAUGCUCAAAUGCAGACUUACCUUCAAAAUUAA